UAAUCAACUUUCUUAAUCUCUCCAGUGCAACUAUAAAUAGGCUCCAGCGUCUUCAAUUUUACUCGUGGAAAAUCUCAAUCUCAGACACGGAAGAAAAAACUCAGUGACUUGUGAAAGACUCAUUCACAAAUGGCCGUCAAAGUGUAUAUUGUGUACUAUUCCAUGUAUGGACAUGUAGAGAAACUUGCAGAAGAGAUAAAGAAAGGUGCUUCAUCUGUUGAAGGUGUUGAAGCCCAAUUAUGGCAGGUUGCUGAGACACUGCCAGAGGAGGUGCUCAGCAAGAUGGGUGCACCACCCAAGAGUGAUGUACCAAUCAUUACACCCCAAGAACUUGCUGAGGCUGAUGGGUUUGUUUUUGGCUUUCCAACAAGAUUUGGAAUGAUGGCUGCUCAAUUCAAAGCAUUUUUGGAUGCAACUGGCGGUCUCUGGAGAACCCAACAACUUGCAGGAAAACCUGCUGGAAUCUUCUUCAGCACUGGGUCACAAGGUGGUGGUCAAGAGACCACAGCUUUGACUGCAAUCACUCAGCUUGUUCACCAUGGGAUGAUAUUUGUUCCCAUUGGAUACACAUUUGGUGCUGGCAUGUUUGAAAUGGAGAAGAUUAAGGGCGGAAGUCCAUAUGGUGCUGGAACUUUUGCUGGGGAUGGCUCGAGACAGCCAACUGAACUCGAGUUGGAGCAAGCUUUCCACCAAGGGAAGUACAUUGCCAACAUCACAAAGAAGCUCAAGGGAAGUGCUUAAAUAAAUUUGGAUAACACCAUAAACACAUUUACAUUGCCCCUUUCUUCCAUUCUUUUCACAUUUAGAAUUUGUAUUUCCAAGGUUUGCAAACAAUAAUUCCCGCUUUGUUUCAUAUAAAUUUGUAAGUGUGUUAUAUAUACAGUCCUGUUUCUCAAUGGUAAAUUUGUUUCAGGUUGUUAUGUUAUGUAUUCCUAAAUUAAGAUGAAAGAUUAUUUUUGUGAGCAA